AUGGCGUUUAUAUUUGAAAGCAUUGCUGGUCCUAUUGUUGAAUGUUUGUUGCCUCCUGUCAAGAAGAAUUUGAGUUAUCUUUUUUCCUCCACAAAACAUGUGAGGAACAUGAGUGCUAAAAUGAACCAACUGAAUGGUACAUGCAUUGAUGUCAAAAAUCACAGGGAUGCAAACAAUAUAAAUAAUCUAGAGAUACCUGAGCGUGUACCGGGUUGGUUGGAAGAGGUUGAACAAAUUAGAAAAGAUGCUCAAAGCAUUUCAAGUACUGAUAGUGGAUGUUUUAACAUAAUAAUGAGGUACCGAGCAGGAAGGAAGGCAUGUAAGACUACUGAGGCGAUCGAAAGUCUUAUUACGGAAAAACUUCAAAUGAGCUGGAGUGAUGCUCAAAAACCUCUUGGGAGAGUGCAUUCUAAAAUCGCAUCUUCGGAUGGUGAUGCCCAAAAUCACUUCAAAUCAAGAGAGAAGCCUUUUAAGGAUGCGCUCGGGUUCCUUCAACAAAAUCAGAUGAUAGCCCUAUGUGGAAUGGGUGGUGUGGGAAAAACGACCAUGAUGGAACAGCUGAAAAAGCAUCUGGAAGGUGAGAAAAAGUUUGAUUUGUUUCUAAAGGUGGUUAUUGGGAAAAAAGAAGCGUCUUCUAUUCAGCAAGCUUUGGCAGAAUGCAUAAGUCUAUCUCUAACUGAAACAGAUCCAACAAGAAGGGCAGAACGUCUUGGUAUAGCAUUUACAGAGCUGGUAAAACAAAACAAAAAGGUUUUAGUAAUAUUAGAUGAUGUAUGGGAGUCGAUCGAUCUCAAAGAUAUUGGACUAAGUCCUUUUCCCAACAGCUUCAAGUUAUUGCUGACAUCACGAAAGGAAAAUACUUGCAAGCAAAUUGCAGAAAAAUGUAAUUUUGAUUUGAAAGUAGUUAGAGUGGAACUCAUGGAGGAGCUAGAAGCACAGAAUUUCUUUUGGAAAAUCAUAGGAAUCGCAAAACAAAAUGAUCCGGAGCUCAAUCAAAUUGGAACAGAGAUUGUGAGAGAAUGUGGGUGUUUGCCCCUUGCCAUUAAUCUCGUUGCCAGUCGUCUUAAGUUUGAAGAAAAGGUUGCAUGGAGAGAUACACUCCGCCGUUUGAAGAAUAAAAAUCUUGAUUAUGUGCAAGAAAGUGUUAAGAUAAGCUAUGACUAUAUAAAAGAGGAUGAGGAAAAAGAAAUCUUUCUUCUUUGUGGCUUGUUUCCUGAUGACUUUAAUAUUCCAAUCGAGGAACUCACAAGAUAUGCAUGGGGCCUACGGUUGUUAAAUGGAGUUUCUACUUUGGGAGAGGCUAGAGACAGGACAGAGACGUGUGUGCAGAGUCUCAAAAAAGCAAAUUUGUUGAUGGAAUGCGAUGCUGAUGGGUGUGUCAAAAUGCAUGAUCUUGUGCUCGAUUUUGUUUUAGGUAUAGUUUCUAGGGGUGAGCAUCCAUGGGUAAUUAAUCAUGGUGAUAAUUCAAAGUGGACUAGUGUUGGAAUGAGCAAGACUUGCAAAAGAAUCUCCAUUACUUGCACGGGUAUGUCUGAGUUUCCUAGUGACUCCAAGUACCCAAACCUUUCACUUUUGAGACUUAUGGAUGGAGAUAAGUCGCUUAAGUUUCCUAAUGAUUUUUAUGAAAGAAUGGAAAAUCUUGAAGUUAUAGCGUAUGAAAAAAUGCAGUAUCCGUUGCUCCCCGGCUCACUUCAGUCCUCCACCAAGCUACAAACACUCAUUCUCAAUCAAUGCCUAUUGACGUUUGAUUUCUCGGCUAUUGGUGAACUCGUGAAUCUGGAAGUGCUCAGUUUUGCACAUUGUCGGAUCAAAAAGUUACCAUGCUCAAUUGGAAAUUUGAAGAAGCUAAAGCUACUGGAGUUGACGGGUUGUAUCAACCUUCGGAUUGAUGAUGGUGUCUUGAAAAGUUUGGUCAAUCUUGAAGAGCUUUAUAUGAGAGUACAUGGCAAAAAGGCAAUUAGGUUCACAGACAGCAAUCAUGCUGAAUUAGCAGAACUUUCAGAGCACCUUUCUGCAUUAGAAGUUGAGUUCUUUGACAACGGUACACCCGAGAAUAUGUUGUUUACUAAACUCAAAAGGUUCAGGAUCUCAAUGGGAUGUGGUUUAGGAGACAAUCCUGGAUUAAAGAUGCACUCAUUUGAAAACACGUUGAUGUUGGUCACUAACAAAGAUGAGCUAUUGGAAUCUAGAUUGAAUGAGUUGUUUGUGAAAACAGAGGUGCUUUAUCUAGAAGUGGAUGGUAUGAAUGAUUUUCAUCAACAGUCGUUUAAUAAUCUAAGAGUCCUUGAUGUCUUCAAGUGUGCAAACUUGAGAUUCCUCUUCACAGUCCCUAUUGCAAAUGGUUUGAUGAACCUUGAACGCCUCACAGUUUCACAGUGCCCUGUUCUAGAAGUACUUGCACAUAGUGAGAAUGGUGGAGAUGGGUCAAUUAGGUUUCAGGGGCUAAAGUUUCUAUCAUUGAAGAUGCUACCAGAGUUGAUAGGUCUUUGCAACACUGCUAAUGUAAUUGAGCUACCACAGCUGGUGGAGCUGGAACUUGAUGGCCUUCCUUAUUUCAAUAGCAUUUAUCCUGAGAAAACAUCUGCAACAUCUUCUAUGUCCAGUAAUGUCUCUGCAAUUCAACCUUUCUUCAACAAAGGGGUGCUGAUUCCUAAGUUGGAGAAAUUGAGGAUUUGGAGGUUGGAUAAGCUGAAAGAGAUAUGGCCUUAUCAAUUUAUAAGUAGUAGUGACGAAGUUAAUGCCUGCAUGUUGAGAGAGAUUAGAGUGAGGGAAUGUGAUAAUCUUGUGAAUCUGUUUCCAACCAAUCCCAUGUCUUUGCUGGGUCGUCUGGAAGAGCUGGAUGUUUCUAAUUGUGGAAGCAUUGAAUUGUUAUUUAACAUCGACAUGAGUUGUGUUGGUGAAAUUGAAGAGUACAGUAGCAACUUGAGACUCAUUAAUGUAGAUGGUUUGGGGAAGCUAAGAGAGUUGUGGAGGAUGAAAGGUGAAAGUAGCUCUGAUAUCCUCAUCCGUACCUUUCAAGCUGUUGAAAGGAUAGAAAUAGAAAAGUGUGAGAGGUUUGUAAACGUAUUCACACCGACCGUCACCAAUUCUGAUGUGAGAACAUUUAUGAAUGUGAGUAUAGAUGGUAGGAGAUAUUGUGAAGCAAACAGGAGAAACAUUGAAUUGGUUCAGAAAAGCAAGGAGAUUAAUGUUAUAUCCAAGGAAGAGAUCAUUUCAGAGGUGGAUGGUAAUAUUCCUGACGUUGAAUCCUCAAUUCAUCCCAAACCUUUUCACGUUAAUCACCUUCAAAGACUUAAGGUACAUGAUUGUAAGGAUGUUGAAGUGGUGUUUGAGAUAGAGAGUUCCAGUAGCAACAGCAGCACAGAUUUGACAUCAACUCUGCAUAAAUAUAAUCAUCAACCACCACUACUACUUCCCCACCUCAAGGUUUUACAUUUAGAUGAUAUGUCGAGGAUGAGUGAUGUGUGGAAGUGCAAUUGGAAGAAACUUGUAAUUCCUCAAAACCAAUCACAAUCCUACUCAUUCCACAACCUCACAAUCAUACACAUGGAAAAGUGUCAUAGCAUAAAGUACUUAUUUUCACCUCUCAUGGGCAAACUUCUUCCCAACUUAAAGGUGGUCUGGAUAAGGUGGUGUUAUGGUAUUGAAGAAGUUGUUUCAAAUAGAGAUAUUAAUGAUGAAAAUGAAGAAAUAAUAUCUUCUACUCACACAAACACCAUCUCCUCCUUCCCUCUUCUUGAAGAACUCUUCCUCCGGUCUUUGCCACGCCUAAAGAGUAUCGAUGGCGGUACUACAAUCACAACUACUUCCAUCCAUGAUCAGUUCAAGUGUUCUCAAGUCGGUGUUGCUUCUUGGUUCUUAUGCCAAUACUCCAAAAAGAUUUAUAUAGAGAACUGUCCUGCCCUAUCAAGAGUGUUUCCAUCCAAUGUAGUGGGACGACUGCUUAAGCUUGAAGAGUUGAGAAUAUGUGAUGAUACUUGUACUGCAAUCACCAUCCCAAGGUCGGCAAAUAUGACUCUGCUUCAAUUGCCCAACCUAACGAUAUUGAAAAUAGAAAGAUGUGAAGUUUUGGAAUAUAUAUUCACAAGUUCCACACUUGAAAGCCUCAAGCAACUCAAAGAACUGACUGUAGCAGAAUGCAAGGCAAUGCAAGUGAUUGUGAAGGAAGACGCAGAGCACACAGAAACAUCUAAAUCUAUAAUAGUCUUCCCACGUCUCAAGUCCCUUACACUUGUAGAUUUACCAGAUCUGAAGGGUUUCUUCUUGGGGAAGAAUGAGUUCAGGUGGAAAGUAUUGGAAAUGGUUGAGAUGUAUGGCUGCCCACAAAUGAUGAAUUUCACAUCUGGUCACUCCAUGACUCCGAAGCUCAAAUAUAUACAUACAGCCUACGGCAAGCAUAGUCUUGAAUGUGGCCUCAACUUCCAUUUGACCAAUGCUACACAUGAGGAUGAGACUCAACUCCCUAUGUGCUCUACUCCAGAUUUGAUAAAGCUAGUUCAAUUCCCGUGGUCUUUUUCAAAUUUAGUUGAAGUAGAUUGGAAAUACAAAUUGUUGAAAAGCCGCAUAAUUUUUCCAUGCAAGGAGUUGCUUAAUCUGAAGAAUCUUGAAAAGGUUUCUAUUACCAAUGCAUAUGAAUCUGUAACAGAGGAGGUAUUUGAAGUAGCAGAAGGGACAAAUGAAGAUGUGGAUAUUGAAACACAAUCUGUUGUGGUAUUUGAGAAGCUGAAAGAGGUGACUUUGGGUGGAAUAUAUAAUCUGAAGCAUGUGUGGAGGAGCAAUCGGUGGAUAGUGUUGAACUUUCCAAACCUUACAAAGGUGUCGAUUGAAAGUUGUAAGCUUCUUGGACACGUUUUCAGUAGUUGCAUGGUUGGCAGUCUAUUGCAGCUCCAAGAGCUAAAAAUAAGUGACUGCAAGAGUAUGGAUGUGAUUGUGAAGCAAGUUGAAGAUUCCAAAACCAGACUGACUUCUGAGGUUGUGUUCCCUUGUCUGAAAUCCAUAACACUUGAAUGGCUUCUAAAUCUCAAGGGAUUUUGCCUGGGGAAGGAGGCUUUUGAAUGGCCAUCAUUAGAUACUUUGGUAAUCAAAUAUUGUCCGGAAAUAACAGUUUUCACAAAUGGGCAAUCAACUACUCCGGAGCUAAAGUUAAUAGAUACAACUUUUGGAUUGUGUCAUGUAACAGAAGACCCCAACUCUUUUAUAAAGACCUAUCAAAAAGAGGGAUGGCAGUUCUAGAGGAACAUUUGAAUUCACAUGUGCAGUUUGGCUCAUUUUGAAGUCAGCUAUAUAUAUAGCAUAAUAGGCAUCUUCUGAUUUCAAACAGCCCCGCCACCACCACAUGUCCCUGAGUACUCCCUGGAACUUGUAUCUUGUGAUGGCUGGCAGUUGUUUCUGGUGGUGGAUUUGGCCAGAGAAAUUUCCAUGUGUACAUACUUAAAGAAAAAUUAUCUGUUUUCAAAAGAAAAACACAAACUUGGUUGCCUUCUUGAUGAAUUAUAUUUUGUCCUUCACUCACAACUUUACCCUGUAAAUAACAUAAACAUACUUUUCUUAAUUUACUAUAUUUUAAUCCCCUGUUUUAGGAUAAACUUAGCUUCAAUAUACU